UGGCGGUGGAGUUAGGGUAGUAGGGUGUGGUGGGGUCAGAUGUUAAUACCCCCCCACCCCAUCCCGGGGAACUACUAGAGCUUCUCAGUUGGGACGCUUCCUCGGAAGGAGGCUCAGGGUCCCCGCGUGCUGGGUGCCGUGGCUUCGAGAGUUCCUGUCAGCAGCCCCUUUUCCAAAGCACUCUUUUCGGAUUCAGCCUGCCUAGAAAGUUGGGUUAUUUCUUUGCAAGUGUCUGCUGGGUGGCCUGGGACACUUUCCCCAAACCACAAGUCUCUCUCUAACGCCCAGGUAUAGAGCUCUGAACUCCUCUCUAAAGAACCUGCCAAGAAAUCCACCUGGGAAGCCAGACCUGGGCAGGCCAGAGGGGGUGGCCAGGGAGCGCGAGGCCACCCUGCCUCAGAGAAGGUGAAGGUGGAAGCCAGAGAGUGGGAGGAGGAAGCACCUCCCACCUUAAUAACAGUAAUCACUGGCCUUACCAUUCCCCAUGGGGCCAGGAAAGGCUGGGCGCUUCACACUCAUGACCUCACUGAGUCUUCACGGCCACUGCCUGGCACUGUUAUUAUCCUCCUUCUCCAAGGAAGAAACUGAAUCUUUGAACGCAGGUCAUUCUGGCUCCCAAACUUGUGCUGUUUUUCUGAGGCUGCUCUGCAUUUCUCCCACUGCAAGGCCUCACUCACUUCUGCCCACCUCCUCUAAAACACCACGUUGAUUCACUCAACAAGCACUGCAGAGUCCUAACCGAGGCCCAGGCAAGGGGCUGGGCACGGAGGUCCAUCCCCGCCUUGCCUUGAACUGGGUGCCAGGCAUGAGGUUUGGCCAAAAGUCCACCUUCCCUGUACACAGCUCCCAGUGGACCUCAGUGCUGAGGCCGAACAAACGGAACGUGUCAGCCCAGCGUCCCCACCUGGAGCACAGCCUGUUAACCACAGGACACACAUGCACACCCCUCGCACUUUGCUUCAUUCCUUCUCACUCCCUCCCCUCUCAUCCCAUCCUCUGCACAGUCCUCUGAACUGGGAAGCUACCCUCCUGUUGCUGAUGAGGAAUCGGGGUUGGAGAGCCAAGGUCACCAUUCCACCUCUCCGGUAGAGCCAGGACUAGAAGCAGGUCGGGGACCCUGAGCGAACCCCUCUCUAGCUCUCCCUACUGUCCUCUUCCACAGACUGCACCCACAGCCCGGUCUCCUCCCAUGACCCCCUCAGGAAGUCAGCAUCCAGCUCCCUGUGGGUUCAUGUCCAGCUGUAUCUCAAGCUGGCCACAGCCACCCUGAACCCCCAAUCCCAAGCACAAAGCCUCCCCCGAAGCUGCCCCACUCCCCGCUUCUUCCAGCAUCUUCCUCGCAGCUUCUCCUGGCCCUGGAGGGCAGGGGACAGGGAAAGGGACCAAGAGACAUAGAGGGGAAGGCGCCUUCAGGGCCCCGGCACCAGCUCUGCCCAGCUCAGUUCCUGGGACUUCAGUGAGGUUGCGCAAACAGCAAGGAGGAGAGACGCCAGUACACAAGGGUGGGGGAAAGCUCAGGCACCGGAAGCUGUGGGAGAGACAGCCGGCAGUGGACCGUCCUGACUUUCCCAGACACGCCAUUGUCCCUCCCAGGGAAACCUGUUGGUGAAGUCCGAGGCCUCCUAUUCAGGAAGGGUCCUCCUGAGGUCACCUCAUCAUCCCUCUGCUUCCAGGAAGGUUGUUUUCUCUAUUUGUUCCUGGCUGAAUGACAGGAGCCUUUCGGAGAGAGACAAUGGUUUGUGGGAGGUCUAGGGCCCAGGGAGGAGCAGGCUCAACACACUGCAUCCAACUGUGACCUCUGCCCCAGUACUGCCACCUCCUCUUCACCUGGUGCCCGCGGGGGUGAGAGUGAUGUCACAGGUGCGCAGUGUCAGCCACGUGCUGGCACCAAGUAAAACAGCCACGGUGAGGGUGUGUGUCACCAGUGCCCGGGGAGGAAGGCCACCAAAAGAAGCGACUUGAUGAAGGGAGGCACCGUGCUGCAUGGGGUGGGGAAGGCCAGCAUAAAACUGCUGCAGGAGGAGCAGAAGAAGGUGGCCCAGCUGUGCUGCAGAGAGAUGCCCUUCAUCUUCUCUCUCUCUGCUCCUCCCAGAGCUCGUAGGCACUCCAGACAUGAGCCAGCCCAGGCCCCGCUACGUGGUGGACAGAGCCGCGUACUCCCUCACCCUCUUCGAUGAGGAGUUUGAGAAGAAGGAUCGCACAUACCCAGUGGGAGAGAAGCUUCGCCAUGCCUUCAGAUGCUCCUCAGCUAAGAUCAAAACUGUGGUGUUCAAGCUGCUGCCUGUGCUCUCCUGGCUCCCCAAGUAUAAGAUCAAAGAGUACCUUCUCCCUGACCUGCUUGGCGGGCUCAGUGGGGGAUGCAUCCAGGUGCCACAAGGCAUGGCAUUCGCUCUGCUGGCCAACCUCCCUGCGGUCAACGGCCUUUACUCCUCCUUCUUCCCCCUCCUGAUCUACUUCUUCCUGGGGAGUGUGCACCAGAUGGUGCCAGGUACCUUUGCCGUUAUCAGCAUCCUGGUGGGUAACAUCUGUCUGCACCUGGCCCCAGAGUCAAAAUUCCAGGUCUUCAACAAUGCCACCAAUGAGAGCUACGUGGACACGGCAGCCAUGGAGACAGAGAGGCUGCACGUGUCAGCGACACUCGCCUGCCUGACUGCCAUCAUCCAGAUGGGCCUGGGCUUCAUGCAGUUUGGCUUCGUGGCCAUCUACCUGUCUGAGUCCUUUAUCCGGGGCUUCAUGACGGCUGCCGGCCUGCAGAUUCUGAUCUCGGUGCUCAAGUACAUCUUCGGACUGACCAUCCCCUCCUACUCAGGCCCAGGGUCCAUCGUCCUUACGUUCAUUGACAUUUGCAAAAACCUUCCGCACACCAACGUCGCCUCGCUCAUCUUCGCCCUCAUCAGUGGCGUCUUCCUGGUGCUGGUGAAGGAGCUCAACGCUCGCUACAUGCACAAGAUCCACUUCCCCAUCCCCACAGAGGUGGUUGUGGUGGUGGUGGCGACAGCCGUCUCCGGGAGCUGUAAGAUGCCCCAGAAGUAUCACAUGCAGGUCGUGGGACAUAUCCAACAUGGGUUCCCCACUCCGGUGUCGCCCACGGUUUCACAGUGGAAGGACAUGAUUGGCACAGCCUUCUCCCUGGCCAUCGUGGGCUAUGUCAUCAACCUGGCUAUGGGUCGAACCCUGGCUGGCAAGCACGGCUACGAUGUGGAUUCUAACCAGGAGAUGAUCGCCCUGGGCUGCAGCAACUUCUUCGGCUCCUUCUUUAAAAUCCACGUCAUUUGCUGUGCACUCUCCGUCACCCUGGCCGUGGAUGCAGCUGGAGGGAGAUCCCAGAUGGCAAGCCUGUGCGUGUCUCUGGUGGUGAUGAUCACCAUGCUGGUCCUGGGGUCCUAUCUGUACCCUCUCCCCAAGUCUGUGCUGGGAGCCCUGAUAGCUGUCAACCUCAAGAACUCCCUCAAACAGCUCGCCGACCCCUACUACCUGUGGAGGAAAAGCAAGCUGGACUGUUGUGUCUGGGUGGUGAGCUUCCUCUCCUCCUUCUUCCUGAGCCUGCCCUAUGGAGUGGCCGUGGGUGUUGCCUUCUCCAUCCUGGUUGUGGUCUUCCAGACCCAGUUUCGAAACGGCUAUGCUCUGGCUCAGGUCAUAGACACUGACAUCUAUGUGAACCCCAAGACAUACAGUAGGGUCCAGGAAAUUGAGGGGAUUAAAAUCGUCACUUACUGCUCUCCUAUCUACUUUGCCAAUUCAGAGAUCUUCAGGCAAAAGGUCAUUGCUAAGACCGGUAUGGACCCCCAGAAAGUAUUACUUGCCAAGCAAAAACACCUCCGGAGGCAGGAGAAGAGGACGAUGCCCACACAGCAGAGGAAAUUUCUCUUCAUGAAAAGCAAGACGGUCUCCCUGCAGGAGCUGCAGCAGGACUUUGAGAACACCACCCCUACUGACCCCAACAACAACCAGACGCUGGCCAACGGUGCCAGCGUAUCCUACAUCACCUUCAGCCCCGACACCUCCUCGGCUGCCCCAAGUGAGCCGGUGACCUCUGCAGAGCCCAAACCCAGGGACACUCUGACCAGCAUCCCACCCUUUGUCACCUUCCACACCCUCAUUCUGGACAUGAGUGGUGUCAGCUUUGUGGACCUGAUGGGCAUCAAAGCCCUGGCCAAGUUGAGCUCCACCUAUGGGAAGAUUGGAGUCAAGGUCUUCUUGGUGAACAUCCAUGCCCAGGUGUACAAUGACAUCAGCCACGGAGGCGUCUUCGAGGGUGGCUGUGUACAGCGCGACCACGUCUUCCCCAGCAUACACGACGCGGUCCUCUUUGCCCGCGAAAAUGCCCGAGAAGCAGUCCCAGCACCCAGCGCCCAAGGGGCCCUGGAGGUCACCGAGCUCUCCCUGUGCAACUCGGAGGACAACUCUGGCUACUGGGACUUAGAGCAGGAGAUGUUCGGGACCAUGUUUCACACAGAGACCCUGACUGCCCUGUGAGGCCCGCUGGUCCCAUGCUGCCUCCAGAGCACCUGGCACUGGGGAUUCCAUGGAGGAAAUCCCAGGUGGCAGGGAGUGAUGGGGGAGGAGACUUGUGCACCAGGACCUGGCUCCUCUCUCGCCUCCUCCCUGGAUGGGAAGAGCUUCCUUCUGCUGGGCUGAGAGUCGGGUGGACUUACCUCUUCACCCCUCCCUAGCCUCUGGCCCCUCCACGGCACCCACCCAUGCCCUGCCCCAUGCAGCUGGUGCAUGUUUUGACUUCUGAACUUCAAGAGUGACCCAAGGGCAGGAGGACAAGGACAACUGCACUGACCUGGUGUGCGAGCUUGGCAAGGGUCCUGGGGCCUGCAGUGCUUGGUGGCAGAGGAUUCCUGCUGUGACAGGACACAGGGAUACCACAGCUUGUCCCCUCCACGCCCGGCAGCUCCACACCGGGGGCCAUGUGAUUCCACAGCCUAGGAGCUUCUGUCGCAGUGCCCACAUCCCUUCUUCCUGUGAAGGCUGCCAAGAUGGCCGCUGCUGCUCAGCACUCCAAACUCCAGUCUGAGCGUCGGUGAGGCCCCUCACAACACCAGAACUUCCUCCUGGGGGCGGCCCACUGAGGGACUCCCUGGGCCUCCUGAAGCACCAUUUGCUUCCCCCAAGAGGCUGCUGCCUUCUGCUUGAGACUGAGUAGGAGCCCAAGAAAGGGGGUAGGCAGCUAGUAGAAUCCUCUGACAACCUGGCAACAGAUACUAGUGAUUCUGCACAAAGGCUUUUGGGACUCCUCUUUGUGCCAGAGAUUGGGGGGGUGCGGUGCUAGUGCCAACCCAGGCCAAACUGGAGGGACUUGGGUCUCAUGGUUCCCCUGACCUCAAGGCCCAUUGGGAAAAUACCUCCACUCGGAUGUCUGCCUUGUCCUUCUUUACUUGGCAAAGAGCCAAUCAUUUUAACUCUCCUUUAUCAGCCUGGAUACUGGAGUCACCAUAGGGUCCUCCUGCCAGGCAAGGGAUGGGGUCUCACAGGUCAGCUGCACCCCUCAGAGGUGGAAAGGAGCAGGUCCAGAUGGGUCUUUCUCCACAGGAUGUCCUUAACAACCCCAGGACCUGAGGCCAUCUUCCUCCGGGAAAGAUGAAAGUUGGGGUUCAAUCCUCCGCAUAUACAGGGAGGUACAUCUAGAGGAACCUCUAUAUGGAUAUAGAGAGGAACCCUACUGUUGGCUUGAAAAUAAAUAGGUUCCGUGUGCAAGUGUUUUGUAAAAGUUCCAUGAAAGAGCACAGAAAAUCUUCUGGCUUCUCCUCACUGCUUCUCCUCACUGCUUCUCCCGAGUUCCCUGUCCCAACAGGUUGGGCUGGCCCAGCCUGGGCAAACAUCCCAGUCCCUAACUUCAGCCUGAUCUGCAUUGUAUGUCUGUAUGUUGAGCGAGCUGAUCGGCUAGCAAGUCUUCCUAGAGUUAAAGGAGAGGGUGCUGGCACAGCGCCCACGCAUUCUUGGCCCAGAGGCGCUGCUUCUCAGUGAAUUCAUUAUGCCAUCUGUUUGCCAAUGGAACCCAAAACUUGGAAGGCAGAAGACAAUGUUAUCUGGGAUUCACCGUGCCCAGCACUCGAAGUGCCAAAUUCCAGGAGGACAAGAACCUUAGCCAAUGACAACCCACCCUCCCCUACUCCACCUCCUCCAAAGUGCAGCUCAGGCCCAGGAGGUAGAGGAAGGUCAGUCUCAGGACUGCUCAAGUCAGAAUCCCCCUUUGAACCAAGUGUCUAGAUCCCAGGGGGACUUGGAGAAGUGACCAUUAAUGCCAGGCCAGCCUGAGGACUGAAGGGGAUUGCUGACUUACAGUGGCCCAGAGUUGAGGCUCCAGGAAUGAUCUGUGACAUAUCAGGACAAUAACCACUCCCAGUACCCCCUCAGCGGGCAGGGGAAGACACAGAAGCAACUUCGCAGUCCAGAUAUUUUGGAAAGAACACAAAUGUCACACCGACCACUUUUCUGACAUGACUGAGGCAAAGGUAGCAAAAUAACCCAGAAUUUCAAUCCUUUUUAAUGUUCUUACUGAUGCUGACCUGUGAUGAUACGAUUCCCAGGGAGGACUGGGAAGCUUGUCUCUUGAGAUAUUUGUGUAAUUUAUUUAAUUUAAGUGUCAUUCUCUUUUCAUUCAUUUUGGUAAUAAAGUGGUUUUGAAAUGUGAACAAGUACACCUUUGGGUGGUUCAACAGAGGGGCAAACAAGUCACUUCCAGGGAACGUCUGGCUUGGCUUUGCACCAUCCUGAGAUGAAACAAGGACCUGAGAUUUCCUCAUGGGUCUCCUAGCACCUCUCCAGUUUCUGGCUUUGCACUCCGGUGGAGAAGCAAUUUUUCAUGACCCAGCUAGAAUGUGGAGAUCAGGGAGAGAAGAGUGGACUAAAGGAUUCACAUACCCAGAACCAGCUCUGAGAGCCAACUCUGGGCUUUGGACUAUGAA